AGCUACUAGCUGGGCAAAUUAAUCAAGUGCAAAAACACCAUGCAUGUCUCCACACAGCCCCUUUACUUGUCACAAAAACAGAAGUGCGAAAAACAGAGACCUCAAACACCAGCAUCUCAUUUCAGUUUUGGCUUUGAUCCCCAAACGACUAUUAUCGAAUUUUUACUGUUUAGUGUUUGAUGGUGAAUGGCAACGAUGUCGAACAUGAGCGGUGGUCUUGGGGAGGUCACAACAUCCAGUGUUUUCAGCACAACAGAAUAUGAUUACUCUGAUGUUGUGUCUUCUCAACCGUGUGAGUAUGGAAGGAUUGCAAGCCAUAUUCUCCCUGUGCUCUACUCCCUGUUCUUCGUGGUGGGCUUCCUGGGCAACAUGCUGGUGCUGUGGGUGAUCUUGAUGGGCUCACAGAUGAAAAGCAUGACUGAUGUGUCUCUCCUGAACCUGGCCAUCGCUGACCUUCUACUAAUCUUCUCUCUUCCCUUCCUGGCUCACUACGCCAAGGAUACCUGGGUUUUUGGUGGAGCCAUGUGCACUCUGGUCCUCAGCGUGUACUACAUUGGAUUUUACGCCGGCAUUUUCUUUAUUGUGUUGAUGAGCAUCGACAGAUACUUGGCUAUCGUCCAUGCUGUGUUCGCCUUGAGAAUCCGAACCAAGGCUUUUGGGAUUUUAGCCAGCCUGGUAGUCUGGAUUAUAGCUACUGCAGCAUCAUUUCCUGAGUUACGUUAUCUUGGAGUUGAAGAAAAUGGGACUGAAGUAGUUUGCAGUGCUUAUCCAAAAAAUCAAGAAAGUCACAACAUUGUGAGAAGUGCAGCUUUCUUUAAAAUGAAUGUUUUGGGAAUGCUAAUUCCACUGAGUAUUGUGGGAUUUUGCUACUCAAUGGUCCUACAGAAGCUUCAGACUGUUCGUAAAUCAGGGAAAUUGGCCAUUCGUCUUGUUGCUGUGGUCAUGGUGGUGUUCUUCUGCUGUUGGAUACCGUACAACAUUGCAGCAUUCCUCAAAGCACUGGAACUGAAGCGUAUCCUGCCUCCAGAGUGUGAGCUCAGCAGAAAAAUCCAGCUCAUGCUGCAAGUCACUGAAGCUAUAGCGUACUCACACAGCUGCCUCAAUCCAUUCCUCUAUGUGUUUGUGGGUGAAAAGUUCAGGAGGCACCUUGCAAAGCUCCUCCUGCAGACACCAUGCAUCCAAGUGCAGUGUAUGAAGGACCACAUGACCCGGGCCGCAGGCUCAGUGUAUUCCCACACCACAAGUGUGGACGAACGCUCAUUAGGAGUCUGAAUGGAAGAACAUGACGUCUUUUUAUGUGUAUAAAUUACUUCCAUUUUAUGCUGUAUGUACUAUUGAAAAUGUGAGAGCUUCUAUUUGUAUGUGUUAUAUAUCCCUGCUUUUAGGUAAAGAUUACCAUAAUAUGCUCUUUUUCAAAAAAAUGUUUUGUACACUUGUUGUCUCAGCAUCAUAGCUUUACCUUGUGUAUCUUUAAUAUGUAUUUUCCUCCCGUAAAUGUAACUUUAACAAAGGUAUAUAGUACAUAAUUGGACAAUAAUUAAGCCUGGAAUAUACUUGCUUUUAACUACAUAUACUCAUAUGCAAGAUAGCUGCCAAAUGUUUGUUUGGAGCAUUGUUUGUGCAGGUCCUUAGUUUUCUGCUAGGUGACCAUUUGGUGCAAAACCAGGGUAAAUAGUGGGGGUAGUGUAGCAUCUUGUGGCCUGCAUUCUUAUGUAUUAUUCUAGACAGAUACUGAGUACUAAUACAUUUUUCUAUUACAAUAAUAAAACAUUAAAAAUAAUAAUUCUUAUGUUG